UGAGCCCCAGCCUGGACAGCCAGUGCCGCUCAGCUCUAGUCCUGCACCGCCGUAGGCUUCCCUCCUCCUCUUCCCAACGAGCCUGGAUGAUUUCAGGUUGCUUGGCAUUAUCUCCUGCAGGCAGUUGGCGUCCGCAGCGUGUGUCAGCGCAGCCCGGCGCAUGUUUGGUUUCACAACGCAGAAAGCACUGGCUCCCCGAAGGGAUCGGCUGUGGUUUCAUAUUUCAUUUCCCUCACACGCUACACCCGAAUUCCAGACGCUUUCUGGCUUCGCUGCUGCAUGGACUCAGAGCACAGGUCCUUUGCCGAACCCAGCGGAGGCAGACGGGGCUUCCCUCAGCUCCAGGGAGCGCACCAUGAAGACGUCAAUUGUGUUUUUGCUUUGCAUCACAGUUUUCCCAGGCUUUUCCCAGGGCAGAGUUGUCAGAGAGGAUGAAACUGGUUUUGCCGAGUGUAACGUGUUCUUCCCUGGACAAGUCCCACCCGAAGGAUUUACGGAGCCGUUCCACGUGAAAAUCUGUCAGCAGUACAACAAAGAGCCACGCUUUGCAACCCUCUACAGUACUAAGGACAAAAUCCCUCUUUAUUCAGCUUUUAAGUAUACAAAGCCAGCCCAAAACAAGGAGGAGAACUGGCUGGUCGAACCGCAGAUAGAUGAUCCAGAAAAUGACCUGCAUGAGAUGGUGCAUGAAGCUGAUAUUGUUGGCACUGUGGCCAACCUUGGUGCAAAUCAAGCCUUGACCUCAGACUACGUGGGCUCCGGUUACGAGAGAGGGCUGCUCAAUCCCAGCUUGCUCAAUGAGGAGGAUUUCCAGAUGGCCACUUACACGCUCACGAACGCCGUCCCUCUGAGCCCGUCUCUGAGCAAAAGCUGGCACAGAGACAUCGGGAGGGUAGUGGAGCAAGCUCUGGUCCCUCACUGCUCCAAGAAAGAUCAUCUGUAUCUCCUUGCAGGUGCAAUUCCUUCCAGUGUCCGAGUUAAAGGCAAGGUGUCAGUGCCAGAGACCCUCUGGCUGGCAGCCUGCUGCAAUGCUCCGGAGGGAUGGUCCCUGGGACUAGUGAAAAAAAUGAAUGAUGAAAUCAGCUUGGUGGACCUCACGGUGGGAGAGCUGGAGAAGCAGCUUCUAGCAGGAGUUCACUUGUUCAAGGGCAAGUGUGGGGAAGACAACAAAAGCCAGGAGAAAACGGAAGCAAUACUGCAAGCUGUCAGUCAGAUCCGCUCUGGAGAGCAAGUAGGAACAAGUGACAACCAGGAGGCCAAAGACAGUGGCUUGGUGAGAAGAGUGGCUGGCAUCAUUGCUACCCCUUUCAUCAAACUUCUGGAACUCCUCAUCUACGUGUUUGUGGAGCUGGUGAAAUUUGUGUUUUAUUUUCUGUGGCUUGUUAUCAAGUGGGUUGGUGGUGCAGUUCUGGAUGGACUCUACAGCCUGUGGAAUGGGGUGGUGUCCUACCUUAAAGCCAUCAGCACGGUACUCAUCAGCAUCCCCUGUGAUGUGGGGAGAGUCAUCAUCAACAUCUUCCUGGGCUUCCUGCAAAUUGUUCAAGAUGUGGCAUCCCUCACCUACAGGAUCCUGCGCAUCCCCGUGGGGUUUGUCCUUCACCUCGCUGCUUUCCCUUACCAAUCCAUCUGUGCCAUUCCUUCCGUCCUCAAAGACAUGGCCACCGGGAUCGGGGGCACCUUCUCUCUGGUCAUCGAUGCCACAGCCACACUUCUGCAUGGCUUUUAUUACCUGGCUUGUCACAUAGUCAAACGGUUUGUCCCUAAAGGCUCCUCUGAUGACUGAUAGGGAUGGAAACCAAGGCUGCAAAGACAUGGAGUGAAGGAAGAGUGGGGCAAUGCUUUAAGAUACCUGGCCAAACGCUGUCAAUUUUAUUCUGGUAUUUAUUGUAGUGACAUUAAUAACAAUGAACCGACUGGGGAGUAACAGGGAGGGCUGAGGUAAUGUUGCCGGGGGCAGCCACCAUUGUAACUCAAAUUCUGUCUGUUGUGAACUGUUCGGGUUUUAUUGGUGCAGGCCACAAAGUUUCUGUGAUUUUCAAAUGUCAAGAUGCUUCCUCUGGGAGAUGAAUGCUAAAUGUGGUAUGAGGUUAUUUCUUUCCGGCUAUGAUAACACUGAGGCCUACGCACCGGCAGUGAACUCUGCAGAAGCCCAUCCAUGCCAAGGAGGAGGUGGUGGUCGGGGAGGAUUUUAGUUACAGAGGGUUUUCUGGGACCUGGAGAAAGGAGGAGGCGAGGGUACAAGGAUUUGGGGCUGGGAAACAGCAGGGAGCGGGGCAGGAUGGGGGCAAGGUCCUGCUGUUGGUUGCACUGCUCAUUGCACCGGCGUCCCACAGGUGGAGGGGGUGCGACCAGGUGUAUCUCAUAGUCCUCAGGCCUUUCCAGGCAGCUGAAAUUGUGCGGAUCUUGCUGGGAGGAAAGACCUGCUACUCGUCCUUUUGCAUGGUGGCAAAACUUUUUCCCUUAGCCAUACCAAGUUCGUCUUCCCCCAACCCUUCCUUGCUCCCUGGUGACCACUGAAGGUCUAAGCCCUGAAGCUUAAAGAUGUGGCGUACCCUGAAGGUCUAAGCCCCUGAAUGUCUCAGCCCUGAAGCCCUUGUGCCUGCUCUGAAGCCCAGCGGCACCCGGGAGUCACGCUUUUGGCUUUGAAUCAGUUGCCACCUGCUCUGCCUCCCUUGAGAGCUGACAGCUCCCCGAGCACGCAGUGGUUUUUAUGUGCCCGAGGUCUCUGUGAGACGAUGCCCAGGCUGGCGAUGGGUAACGCCACAGCUGUCCUUCUGAGGCUUGUUUUGAAAGCACACCUCGCUGGGGAAAAAUGAUCCUCCUGGGUUUCCCUCUAGAGCAAAAGAAAAGCAGCUCUGCCCUUUCCAUCAGUCUGAGUUGGUGGCGGGGAUGCCCUCAUAGAAAGGAGACAUGGGAGAGGAGGUGCAUGGGGAGCGUGGGGGGAUUUUGCUGCUUUCGCGUGGGCUGAUUUGCUGCUUUCAUAGCCUGUACCCAGAGGUAGAGUCAGAGCGGGGCAGGAGCCAGCCCUGGGCAGGGCGGGUGGAUCCCCUCGGUGCUGUGCUGGGCGUGGAGCUGGCCUGAGGGACAUCAAGGAAACUUGUCCGGCAAUUGGGAGAGAAAAGGCAGAGGGAAUAGGAUACUUGUGGUGAGUUCCUUGCACUUGGAGGUCCUGGCAGCACUCAUAGAAGAGGGCUCUGCCACCCGCAAGAGGAAAAGAGGACUGUGUGGCUGUUGCAGCUGCAGGAACCAGCAUGGCCAAGCUCCACCUGAGCCCUAACGACAAAGCCUUUUGCUGGGCAUUUUUCCUCCUUAGCCAAUUUUGGAAACCUGGAGGAGGGAAAAAGUGGUUGUGUUGCCUCUAUCUCCCAUGGGGACUAUGAACUGUCAGGUGGGAUGAGAGGCAGGAGGGGGAUCUGGGGUGCAGCACUCAUUUUGCUGUGUGAAUACCCACUUGGGGAGCCCACGCACAAGCAGACAUGUUUAUGUCAGAGAUGAACCCAACUCCUCUUCUGCACCGCUCGUCCUCCCUGCUAGCUCUUCACCCUUUCCCCCAGCUGGCAUGAGCCAGGACCCCCCCACAUCUGGCACUCUGGAGCUGGGGCACACGUGGGGCCUUUGCAGGGGACCAUCAGUGGUUUGCAGCCAGACGAGGGGCACAGGGACACCCGCCGCUGCUGGAGGAGGGCACAGGGGUACUGCCCUUCCCCAGGGCUUGGCUCAGUGAGGGGCUUUGGGUCUCUUGGUGCAGCUGCCUGCAGGAGGGAGGCUCUCGAUCGCAGCAGCAUUUGCUUUGGCUGGACUCCAAGAGGCAUUUGGGACUUCUACAUACACAGAUCCUUCCCUUCACCCCCACCUCAUUCCCUCCCUCCAGCACCACGUUGGUUUUGGACCCCGAUCUGCCAUAGCAUCCCAUAAGGAGUACCAGGGGUGUGCAAGCCAGUGCUGCCGUCCCCGGGGGGGACCCAGCGGUGCUGUGUUGGUGGUGGCCAGUCCUGGGUUGAAGAAAGCCCAAUUACUCAACGUGGCAACUUUGCCUCUCUGCCUCAUGCUGCCUGAGGCAAGGCUGAGCUGGGAGGGGAGAGAUUCAGAGGGUAAAGGAGAUUCUGCUGGUUCAUGGUGGCAAGAGAGGGUUGUUUCCUUAGCUCAAGGGCUGUGUUCAACGCGACCAGCUGUGCGUGCACAUCCUGGACCAGCACACCCUGACCAGGUGGCUCCCUGUUCAGCAAUGACGCUAAUGGCAUCAUUGGGGAUGCCAAUGAUGGGGAUGAAGUGGGGAGGCAGCAGGAUAAGUGGGAGAGAGGAUGACUUCUUGUCUCACCCUUUGUGGGCCAUGGCUGGUUUGUGGAGAGAGGCAGCCUCCAAGCAGUGCUGGCUUUGUUCAAAAGGAAAGGCAGCUUUUGUGUGCCAAUAUGGGUAUAGUUGGGUGAAGUCAGUGGUGUUUUACAAGUCCCUCCUUUGCCUUGGAGCUGUUGGUUUGGGGAUUUUUGGGUACAAGGGGCAAAGUCCAGGUUGCUGCUCCCAGCAGGCAGACAGCAGCCUGCGGAUGCUCUCCAAACCACACUUUGCAUCUCUGCCUACUCAAACGUGCCUUUCCUGCUGCAGAGCCAGAUGCGGAGCUGGUUUCCCACUCCUUCACGAGACCCUGUCCCAACCCCAGCGCUCCUCUCGGGCUACAUGGCAGCUGUCAAGGCAGGAAAGCAGCCAGCUCAGGUCCCAGGAGAUGGCAGGGUGGGGUGACGGGCACCAGCCUCGGGGACCCCGGGUCCCCAGCAGCCUCUGGAGGCACGUGUGGUGGCAGCAGCCGGCGAUGCACUUCUCAGGGGUCCUGCACCCAGAGCAGCUUCCCCACAGCUUAACCCAGCAGCCCCCGCAUCCCAGUUCCACCAGCAUCUCCAGUGCACCCCCCCAGUUGCAGCGAUGUGGGGGCUCGUGCUGAGAGGCAGAAAAGCUGAGGCACCUCAGGAGGUCUGCGUUGCCGCAUCUCCAUCGCCAUCGCUACCCAGCCUAGCUCGGGUCAGGCCAGCAGGUCCUCAUGCUGCAACUGUGUCUUCUGACCGCAGGUGGGCAGUCCUUGAAAUCUAAGGGGCUGCAGCACUGUAGGAUUUGGGUAGAUGUGGAACAGUUAUUAAAAUUGUCUUAACGUGCUCAGAUUUCAAAUGCUAAGAACCGCAACUGACACGGGGCAUUUUUCUUCUGUUCUGCGUGUCUGAGCAGGUGAUGGGAAAUCUGUACUGAACGCUGAGCAAUUAUCACAGAACAAGGAACAUCCUGCUAAAAACUAACUAUUGUUUGAGAUUAUUCUUAUCUGGGCAUGAUUUAUGGCUUCUGAGCUUUACUCUAUCCUUGGAAACAUAUGGCUUCAACAAAAUAAAAGUUACUUUUCCAAAGA